AUGUAUAUUCCAAUCAUAUCCCCUUACGCUACUUUGCUUUCUGCUGCUGGACUUGUCAUUGUACUCGCCUUUUUUAAAUUUCGUAACCGAAGAACUCUCCCAUAUCCACCUGGGCCACCAGGAGAGUUUCUGAUUGGCCAUCUCCGAGUUAUACCAUUUGAAGACUCCCCUACAGCUUACUUGAACUGGGGUCGAGAAUAUAAAAGCGAUGUUCUCUACUUCAACACACUGAGACAGCCUAUCAUUGUUCUAAAUAGUGUGAAAGCAUGCGUCGAUCUGCUGGACAGGAGAGGAGCAAAUUACGCUGACCGCCCACGGUUUGUGUUGCUUGAGUUAUUAGGAUGGGGCAUGACCUUGACCUGGCUGCGUUGGAGCCCUAAAAUGCAACAGCAUCGCAAAAUGCUCCAAAGCCCGUUUACCAAAAGCAAGGUUUCUCAGUAUCAGAGCUUGCAGAUGAAAGAGACCCACCGCUUAGUCAAAGGGAUGAUGAAAAGCCCGCUGGAAUGGGAGCUUGAGCUGAGACGGUUCGCAAUUGCUGUAGUUGCGAACGUCGGUUACGGUGUAGAUAUUAAUACUGUUGACCAUCAAUGGGUUGACCUGUCCGAUGCCGCAGGCUACGCAACCUCACAUGCUGGAGCUCCUGGUGGGACAAUCGUCGACCGAUUCCCUCCGGUGAGAUAUCUCCCGGACUGGUUACCGGGACUUCGGGCCUUGAAGUAUGCACACGAUAACAAAUCCGCCAUUGUAAACAUGCAUGAAAUUCCGUACCAGGGUGCCUUGAGAGAAAUGGAAGAGGGAGUCACCAACCCAUCCUUUAUUCAUAACUUGUUGGAGAAGUACAGGAGCAAUGAGAAGGAAGGUUUACCUAACGAUUUCACCCUGGCUGAUAUCAAAGGUUCCGCCGCUGCCAUUAUUAUUGCUGGCUCUGACACAACCAUGACUACACUUGUUGUGUUUAUUUUGAUGAUGAUGUGCAAUCCAGAGGUACAAAAGAAAGCGCAGGUCGAAAUCGAUGCUGUCAUUGGAUCAGAUCGCCUGCCAGAAUUUGAGGAUAUUGACGGCCUUACAUAUCUCAACUACAUUAGACUCGAAGUUCUUCGGAUUGCACCAUUGUCACCACUUGGAAUACCUCAUCGAAACUUGAAAGACGACGAGUAUAAGGGAAUGUUAAUUCCGAAGGGUUCAAUUAUUUAUCAGAAUGUGUUCGCUAUGCACCGUGAUCCCGAUGUUUAUUCAAAUCCAUACGACUUUAACCCUGACAGGUAUAUCCCGAAAUCAGAAGGUGGGCUUGGGGAGGCGUUCCCGGUUGGCAACUUUGGCUUUGGUCGCCGGUAUGUACUCUUCAAGAUAUACUGCUUCACCUGA